AAACACACACACACAGUAUAGGAGUAGAUAUAGUUAUAAACCCACACACCACUCUAUUCUCCACUCUUCCUUGUCUUUCCCUAUUCCUCCAAAAUGAACCAAACACCACUCGUUCUGUCUCUCUUCCUCUUAGUUCUUUCUAUCACUGCAAACGCUCACAACAUUACUCGCAUACUUGCCAAGCACCCUGGUUUCUCCACCUUCAACCACUACCUCACCGUCACCCACCUCGCCGCCGAGAUAAACCGCCGCGAGACCAUCACCGUCCUCGCCAUCGACAAUGCAGCCAUGGCCACCCUCCUCGACAAACACCUCUCCAUCCCCACUCUCAAAAAUGUUCUCUCUCUCCACGUCUUGGUUGACUACUUCGGCGCCAGAAAGCUUCACCAAAUCACCAAAGGCACCACCCUCGCUUCUUCCAUGUUCCAGGCCACAGGCGCCGCCGCUGGCACCGCCGGUUACGUCAACAUCACCAACCUCAAAGGUGGCAAAGUGGGGUUCGCAGCAGAAGACAACGACGGCCAACUCCAUUCGUUCUACGUCAAAUCCGUUCAAGAAAUCCCAUUCAACAUCUCCGUUUUGCAGAUUAGUGAAGCCUUGAGUUCUGCUGACGCAGAAGCACCAACCGCAGCACCAAGCGCCAUAGACCUCAUCUCUAUCAUGUCCAAACAAGGUUGCAAGGCCUUCGCAGACUUGUUGAGGGUUUCCAAAGCUCUUCCAACUUUUAAGGAAAACGUUGACGGCGGUUUAACCGUUUUCUGCCCCACCGACAGCGCCGUCAGCGGUUUCACUUCCAAGUACAAGAAUCUCACCGACGCUCAGAAGGUGUCCUUGCUGUUAUAUCACGGCGUUCCCGUUUACCAGUCCAUGCAAAUGUUGAAGUCCAAUAACGGGGUAAUGAACACUUUGGCUACUGAAGGAGCUAACAAGUACGAUUUCACGGUUCAAAAUGAUGGGGAAGAUGUGAUGCUGGAAACCAAAGUCGACACUGCAAGUAUCGUUGGAACUUUGAUAGAUCAAGACCCUUUUGUAGCUUAUAAGAUAAGCAAGGUUUUGAUGCCAAGAGAGUUAUUUAAGGAGAGUGAAGCACCUGCUGAGUCACCAAAGGCAUCGAAGAAGAGCACCAAGAAGGGAAAGGCAAAUUCAGAGGCUGCAGAUGCACCCGCAGAUGGACCAUCAUCAGAAGCUGAUGAUCAAAAAGCUGCUGAUGAUAACAAUGGGGUAAGUAGAUUGCCCAAUGGGCUCCGAUUGGUGAUGGUGUUGUUGAGUUUGGUUAUGGGGCUUUUGGUUCUAUGAUUGCUUAGUUCCAUAGCGUGAAGUGAAGACCCCACGCAGUGUCGGUAUACAGUUAUGGUCAACGCUCAUGGGAAAGAUUCUUUUCUUUUUCUUUAUAUUAUUUGUGAAUCAAAUAAAACGGUGCCACCGACAUGUUGGAGGCACUGUAUUUUUUUUUCUUUUAUAAAAAUCUAUUAUAGGUUUUA